UCAGAAAAAAAAAAGAGCGCAAACGGAAAGGAGUUGUUGAACGCCGGCGGAGGCAAAGAGUCUCAGAGAAAUGGGAGGGAGAGAGGUAGAAGAAAGCAGCAGAAGCCGGAAAGUAGUGAACUUAAGCGUGAGGAGAAAAUGGCUGAAGACGAAAGAGAAAUGGCUUGUAGUCGUCGGCGUCGUUCUUCACGCCGUUUACAUGCUCAGCAUCUUCGACAUCUACUUCAAGUCUCCCAUUGUUCACGGCAUGGAUCUCGUCUCCCCUCGCUUCCCCGCCCCCGCCAAACGCCUCGUCUUACUCGUCGCUGACGGUCUCCGAGCGGACAAGUUCUUCGAGUCCGACGCCGCCGGAAAGUUCAGAGCGCCGUUUCUGAGGAGCGUGAUCAAGGAGCGAGGUCGGUGGGGAGUCUCUCAUGCUCGGCCGCCGACUGAGUCGAGGCCGGGACACGUGGCGAUUAUUGCUGGCUUCUAUGAGGAUCCGAGUGCUGUUACGAAAGGGUGGAAAGCUAAUCCUGUUGAAUUUGAUUCGGUUUUUAACCGGAGCCGGCAUACAUUUUCGUAUGGUAGUCCGGAUAUAGUUCCGAUUUUCUGUGCUGCAUUGCCUCACACUACUUGGAACAGUUAUCCUCAUGAUUUUGAAGACUUUGCUACUGAUGCCUCCUUUCUGGAUGAGUGGUCGUUUGAUCAAUUUCAGAGCCUAAUGAAUAGGUCCAAAGAGGACCCAAAGUUGAACGAGUUACUUUUACAGGAUAAUCUUGUUGUGUUUUUGCACCUACUUGGUUGUGAUUCAAAUGGUCAUGCACAUCGGCCCUUUUCCUCCAUCUAUCUCAAUAAUGUUGCGGUUGUUGACAGUAUUGCUGAAAGGGUUUAUAAUCUUCUUGAAGAUUACUACAAGGACAAUCGUACAGCAUAUGUAUUUACUGCUGAUCAUGGAAUGCAUGAUAAAGGUAGCCACGGAGAUGGACAUCCUUCAAACACUGAUACUCCCCUUGUUGUUUGGGGAGCAGGUGUUGAACAUCCGAAGCCUAUUUCCAGCAGCAGCCAUGGAGAUGGACAUUCUGAUUGUGGUACUCGUUUUGUUGAUGACCAUAUGCAUGACACGCCAACGCCUAAAGAAUGGGGCCUUCAUGGCAUUGAAAGGGUGGAUGUCAAUCAAGCUGAUAUCGCACCUCUCAUGUCAACACUUCUUGGAUUGCCAUGUCCUGUAAACUCGGUUGGGAGUUUACCCCUUGAUUACAUAGACAUGAAAAAGACAGAUGAAGUUGAAGCUGUUCUAGCCAAUACAAAGCAAGUUCUCAAUCAAUUUAUUCGGAAAUCACAAACGAAGGAGGCAACUUCAUUAUAUUUUAAGCCUUUCAAACCAUUGGGCCAUUAUUCAUCCCUCUUGGAUCAGAUUGAGGAUCAUAUAUCUAAUGGAGACUAUGAAGCUGCAAGGAAACUAUCUGAAAAUCUCCGAGACUUGGCACUGCAAGGACUUCACUAUUUUCAAACUUAUGAUUGGCUGAUGCUCAUGACUAUAAUUAUUCUUGGGUAUAUUGGUUGGAUGACCUAUAUUGUUCUCCAUGUGUUGCAAUCUUACACGUCAUUGGCAGGGGACAUAUUGACAAAGGAGCAAGCAGAUCACCGGACAGAUAAUACCAGAAAAGUACAACUUUGUGGAUGCUUGUUUCUGGGACUACUUAGCAUUAUACUGUUCAUGGAGCAGUCUCCUCCUCUUUACCAUGCAUACACAACAAUGACAGUAUUUUUGUGGACACAAAUAUCUAGUGAAUAUCGGUUCAUAAAAGCAUUAUGGAAACAGUUACAUGGAAGAGAAAUAAAUUAUUUCACAAAAGUUCUAGCCGCUUGUGCUGUCUCAGUAUUCAUACUUGAAUAUCUGGUGAAUAGCUUCACCGAGAGGAAGCUCUACACAUGGUGUUUUCUGACUGUGGGGGUCAUAGCCUUUCUUUAUUUUUUGAAGUCAAUUCCAUGGAGAUCUGGGAUUCCAUUCUUUGUUUGUGGUGCAUGCUGGUUCUUAUCUGUAUUUACUUUGAUGCCAGCGGAAAUUCCGGAUAAUAAUAAUCUAGUAAUUUGGAGUGGGGUUAUGAUUAUUUUGAUCGGAGCAGCUGGGAGGUUUCUAGAUCAGCAUACUGAAGGAAACAAAUUUUGGCUUACUAUCUGUAAUAGUGAUGCAAAGAAAUCCAAGUUCCCCAUGCUCUUUCAAUUUCAGGCUCUUUUGGUUGGAUUAGCAUCUGUGAUGGUAUCAAUAUCAACAUCUCAUAGAACGGAGAACCAAGAACUGCAUGUCUGGCACCAGAUAAUAAAUUGGUCCAUUGCCGGUCCCUCGAUGGUACUUCCAUUAUUUUCAGCAAAUGGUCUCUUGUCCCGGCUUACGUCCAUAUUUCUUGGCUUUGCACCCACAUUUCUUCUAUUAUCUAUCGGAUAUGAAGCUGUCUUCUAUGGUGCUUUUGCUCUUGUACUCAUGGCUUGGAUACUAUUUGAAAACACACUUAUUUACUCAAGUAAGGUGAAAAGGUUGUCAAGUUCCUUUAACAAUAUGGAGGAUAAUCCCAUAGUUGAUGGUAGAUACUUGCAGCUGUCUGACAUCAGAAUUCCUUUAACCUUUAUGGUCUUGUUUAAUGUUGCCUUCUUCGGAACUGGAAAUUUUGCAAGUAUCGCAAGUUUCGAAAUUUCGUCAGUCUAUCGGUUCAUUACUGUCUUCAGCCCUUUUCUUAUGGCAGCGUUACUCAUCUUCAAGCUAUUCAUUCCAUUUCUGCUUGUCAUAUGCGUAUUCAGUGCAAUAACAAAGCUGAACCGACUUCCACGAUUGGGAUGCUAUUUUCUCGUUAUAUUGUUUUCAGACGUUAUGACUAUGCAUUUCUUCUUCCUGGUCCAGAAUACAGGAAGUUGGAUGGAAAUUGGUAACAGCAUCAGCCAUUUUGGAAUCAUGAGUGCUCAAGUUGUCUUUGUUCUGUUGCUUUUCGCACUCACAAACGUAUACACGAAGGAUAUCUGUAUUGGUUCUGUGGAGCGGUCUUCUCGGAAAGCAAUUUAAAGCAUGUUAAAUUAGGAUAUUGCGCUCAUCAGUUUUCCUUAAAGCUGAGCUUUAUGUUCAAAGGCCACCUGCUACAGCUCCAACAGCAGCUUCUCAUUUCUUCUGAUAAUUGGUCUUUGCUUUGCUGUCUGCGAGAUUCAGAGCAAGGGGAUUUUCCAAGUGCUCCCCAAAGGUUGUACAAAUUCGAUGGAAAUCUUCAAUACGAGUUGAUUAAUUAGUUUAAC